UGACGUUUCUAUCACGUGUUUCGGAUCCAGGAAGUCAAACACAAAGCGAGAGGUUGAAGUCUUGACAACAGUGGUCGGUGCUGACAAAAUGCUUAAACAAAGAAAUCCAAAUGGAGCAACAUGCUGUUGUUUUUAAAGCCGGAAACUAAGGAUAAAAAGCGAUGAAGAAAAGGGGUCGCGAGUGUCUGCUUAUCGCUGUUUUUUUCACCAGCUGCUGCGUUACCGCAGGCGACUUGACGUAUGUCUCGGAGUUCUACUCCAAGGUUCCUCAGAAGCUCUCCACCUACAGCUGGUAUGGGAACGUGCGACUCCUCCUCUUCAAAGUCCCGCAGGACACCGUCUUCGUCCAAUGGCUGUUUACUGGCAGCCGGGGUGCAGGAGCAACCUGCGCAAACACCACAGUAACAGUCCACAUUCGGGCCGGUGCCCCUCCAGUUAUUAACCCUCUAGAGACUCAGUUUUCUGAGAAUGCAGCCUUCUCUCUGGCACACAACUUCACCCUGAUGUUAGGCUCCGCAGGACCAAACAUGACCUUCUUCAACCUCUCCAAUCCUGCAGUGGGAGACUGGUUCGUAGCUGCACAUCUUCCCAAAGAUGACGGCAAAAUUGAGCCCAAAGGCUUUUCCUCUUCAUGCUCCUACUUUUUCCAGCCCCAGAUGUUUGUGAGACGGGUGAUUGACAUGCCUGUUUUGGAGCCUGGUGUUCCUCUUCAGCAGACUGUGUCCUCCCCCGACAAGCCCGCUGUGCUCAAAGUAUUCAUCCCUGCGUACACGGCGGAGCUCACCCUGCGCCUCGGGGGGUGCAGGACGGAGAACAGCACUGCAGACUCCUGCCCGCUCGUGCUCACCCUGGGCUCUGCUGCUCUCACCCGCACCUCCCCGAAAACAGUGAACUGCAGCGGGCAAGCUGAGUGUCCAGCCCGUCUCCAUUCCCCUCCAUGGGAGAGCUGGGUACGGAUCACCGUGGAGAGCCUCAACAGCAACCUGUCCAUCUCCUUCCAGAUCACAGCAGCUCUCACAGCUGGAUGCAAGCCUAAAAGUGGCAGGUUGUUUGGUGACUUCUUCUCCAAAUUCAGCGGUGUGAACGGCACUGGUCUUUUCAGCAAUGCCACUUCCAACGCCACGCUGCCGGUGGACAGCUUGCUGAACAGCGCCCCCUCUGGGGACUCCUGUCUGCGCAGCCAGCCCGUGUUUAGAGAAGACGUGGACGUGGUGUCUGUACGCUUCGCUUUGAUCAACGGGCCAAACAUCAGCAUCUCUUCUCAGGCUCCCACUCUGAUCUCCUUGAAUUUAAAUUCUGGAGCAGACAGUGGAGGGACGCUGGUUCUGGAUUUGAGAUUAAACCAGACUUCUCUUACACAUGGAAAUGCCACUGUGGUGGUCUGUGUGAGUGCCGGGUCUCCUGUGCUGACACUGAACGAAUCGCAAAGCUGCACAACCGCCUUCUCUCAGGGUUAUUCUCUCCGAAUGAACGGCACGUCUCCAGAAGCUGCACUUCAUAUCCCCUUCCCUGAGACUGCACUCUGGUACCUCACCCUGCACACAGUGUGCCCUGCCCAUGCCAGUGAGUGUGGAAAGGUGUCUGGGACGGUGCUGGCUUCCUCUUUGCUGAGUGCCUGUGUUAAUGACUGUGGCACCUAUGGAGAGUGCCGGCUGCUCCGAUCCUAUGGGUACCUGUACGCUGCCUGCACUUGUAAAGCAGGGCAGAGAGGAUGGAGCUGCACUGAUGCCAGUGAAGCGCAGUCCUAUGCACGGCAGAUGCUGGCUGCCCUCUUGCUGACCCUGAGUAAUCUCAUGUUCAUCCCGCCCAUCGUGGUGGCGGUGUACCGCUACUACAUCGUGGAGGCCUCUGUGUACCUCUUCACAAUGUUCUUCUCAACGUUUUAUCAUGCAUGUGACCAGCCUGGCGUCACUGUAAUGUGCAUAAUGGAUUACGACACGCUCCAGUACUGCGAUUUCCUUGGGUCAGUCUCUUCUAUUUGGGUAACCAUCCUCUGCAUGGCAAGAGUUAAGGAUAUCUUUAAAUAUAUGCUGUUCAUGCUUGGCACUCUGGUCAUUGCCAUGUCUAUGCAACUUGAUCGACGAGGCAUGUGGAACAUGCUGGGCCCGUGCCUUUGCGCUGGUCUUGCUAUGAUAGCAGCAUGGAUUUACCGCGGCGUCCAAAGGCGCCAGUGCUACCCCACAACGUGGAAGCGCUGGGUGUUCUUCCUGCUCCCAGGGAUAGUGAGCGCAGUCGUUGGCAUUUCUUUGUACGUCUUUGCGCAGACCGAUGAGAACUACCUCUACACGCACAGCGCUUGGCACAUACUGGUGGCGAGCAGCGUGGUCUUCCUGCUGCCUCCCCGGGAGAAGCACAAGAAGCCGUGGGGCUGGUCCCAAGAAGCCAUCUGUGGGUAUCAGAUCUGUAAGAACGAGAGGGAGGAGCUCUACACUGUCCCCUAGGCUCAUGGAGGGGUGGCAGGCUGCUCCGGUCCUCAGAUUCCCUUCCAGUUUUUAUAGGCAUUCAUAGAUCCUUUACUCCUGAAGACUUGGAUGAAGGGUAUAGCGGUUCAACUACAUUAAUGUCAGGAUAAAGACCUGGCUGGCACCCCUGGUUUAAACAAUGUUAAUGUGUGUAAAAGCUUUGAUUCUUACUAGACACAUUCCAAUCUGUUUGCAUCUUAUCUAAUUGCUAUCUGAGAAAUUAAUGUUGAUGCUGUAAGUGCAAUUUCCUGUUUCUUUUUCUUCUUAUAGACAGGUGCAACACAUUCAGUUUUAAAAUAUUUAACUGUAGAUGCUGCACAGGGAUCUAUUUGAAACACUACUGUUCAUAAUGUACAGCUAUAUGGAUGAAGUGCAGUUGGACCUGUUUGCUAAGUAUACAAGGAUCUGAAGAGACAUUUCGACUUUAUGCAUCUGCAGUGGAUUCCCUCCAUUGCAGCCACUAAAAGGGGCUGAUUCAUAGAGAGCUGGUCAUUAUAGAGGCGUAUCUUCAGACUGUGUCUGUUGAAAAAGGCAGAGCGAUGAGAGCAAUGUCUUUUAUAAGGAGGGAAGCUACUGUAGUUAAAUUAUGUGGGUGCGCAGCCCGCAUAACUCCCGGCAACGUUCGUUCUAAAUCUUAACAGGCUUUGUUGCUGUUGUUUGAAAAGAUUCUAUAAUCUUGAAUUUAUGGUAAAAAUAAAAAAAGGCAGCAGUGUUGCUGUCACGGCUGAAAUUGGGGCUUGAAGGUUAUAGACACUGCAUCAUUGUCUUCAAGAAUCGAAAAACUUAACACUUGAAUAAUCCUCUCUUAAAGCACCUUUGUACCCCCCUUUCUAAGAAACAGACGCUGUUGUGAGUCUGUUCCAUGUGCAAUCGAGACAGGCCGUUACCUCCUGGUUUCACUGUCCAUAGCUUCACACAAUUAUUAAUGCCAUAAGCUCAUUUAAAAGCACGGACCUGCAGUUAAAUUGUGUGGCCUCCUUAGGGUCUGUGGCUGGUUUUUAAUAUAAGCAAUAUUAGAUAGAAAUGUAAUAUAACAUCUCUGCACUAUAAGUAUAUUUAUUGUUGUACUGUACUGUAGGGAUCUGACAAAGCUUUUAGCUUACAGUAGCCUUAGUUCAUACUGUGGUUGGUCCAUUAAAUGAAUUCACUUUGUGAUGAGAAGCUGCAGUUACUUCUGAAGGUGUUUGUAUUCAGGAGUCCUUUUAAGCCCUCAUUUUAGUACGAGCAAUAAGAGAACUGGAGUCGUCUUUUUGAUAUUUGAUAUUUGCAAUCAGUAAUAGUUUUGGGUGCUUUUGUUAAUCCUGUCUUGUAAAAUGUUCCACGGUGUUGUUUGAGAUGGCACAUGUUCAUUUAGAAACUUUGGACAGGACAGGGAUACAUGUUUUGCUUUUCAGUUAAGCUGAAAUCAGUAGAAGCAUUACAAACACAAAGCACACUGCAGGAGAAGUCUUUUAUCAGGGUCUUAAUGUUUCGACAAGACCUUUCUCCUAAAAGAUGUGACUUAAGUUUCUGUUUGAAGUUACAAAUUACUUAUCGUUACUGUUGCAAUGCUGAACCUCCCCUUACUGCUGAGGAGAAUCAGGUCCCGUGGUUUAUCAAAGCUGGGUGGAAUGAAUUGCCCUUUUUAAAAGGUGGUUUUUCUCCUGUGUGGGAUUCAGGUUCUAAGCAAGACACCCAAGAGUCUGUUUCUGCUCCGCAGUGUCUCUUUCAGCCCAGCACCUGUGUUGGGGUCUAGGAAACUCUUUGAAUAUUUGAAAUGAUUUAUCUUGGGGGGCAUCCAUUCUGUAUAGGUGCUCAGGUCUCAUUUUUUUAUGUCGCAGGUUUUCCCUGCAUAACUUGUUCUGUGUCCUAAAAUGAAGUAGGACUCCAGCUUCAUAGCAGUUUGUGCUAGUCCUGGAUUUACCUUGAGCUUAAUUCAGCCCAUACUAAGCAAACCUUAGAGAGAGAGAACUCUGAAUUGGCUCCAAGUAAAACCUGAAAAGCACCUUGGGUUCAGUCUUGUGUAACAAGAGGUGAUAUUUUUAAAUGGGCUUUUGUUGUUGCACUAUGUGAUGCACAGCUACAGGCUCGGUGCCUAGUCACAGCCCAUCUCCUCCCUUUACUGUAUUCAUCAUGGAAAAUUGUCUCUCUGCACUUUCAUACUCCAGACCUAAGUUCUGUUAAAUUCUGACUAUGCAUUUUAUAAAACCUAGUCAUGAAUUAUACUCUGCACUGUUUAUUGUUGUUGGGAGGUGGUUGCAAGUCCUGUUGUGUUCUUUGUAUUAUUCUGGUUAUGUUUUUGUGUUUAUAUAUAUAAUGUUCAUGUUGAUUUAAAAAAAAAAAAAAAACACUUCUUGGUGAUGGGUAUAUAAUCUAUUCUAGGAAAUCUAAGAAAAUAAAUCAAUGAUGAGACAA